UGGUCACACUGUUGCUGAAAUUUGUUUGUCAUUCAACAAGAAAUUUUGUAAAUCAUUCGAUAUUCUGUUAAAUAUUCACAAAUCUUUGAAAUUAUCAAAAAAAUGAACGAGCAAUCAUCGCUGAAAGUGAAGCCCGUGGAGGUGGCCGUGCUGAGUGCUGCCGGCAGAGUGGGCAUGCCCACGGAGGCCAAUUGUUUUAACCAACUGGCUCAUGUUCAUCGUCUGCGCGACUCGGAGCUGACCUACAACGAACAUCAAUACAAUCUGGACAUGCAGAUGCUGCGUAACCGUGAGGGCCUGGGAGUUCCCCUGAAGAUGGGCAUGGAACGCUUCGCCGCCCGUCAAAUUGGUCGUCUGCCCUUCCUUACCUCGAGCAAUCUAAUGGACGAUGUUUUGACUGGACGCUGCGACACCAUCGGCUUUGAGGACUUUAUGAAUCUUCCCGAAUACAAUGAGCAAAUGCGCCAGCCACAUGCCGUGGUUGAGAAGUCCCUUGGCAUUUAUACGUCCUAAUUUAGUGCAUCUGCUCCCUAUUACACAUAUUUUGAUUAAAAAUGCUUGGCAUUAUACAAACUCA